CGGCGCGCGGGCCACUCGCCUCGAGAGCUGCAGACAAACUGCGCGCCAUGAAAACCUGUCGCCUGCUGGUGGUGCUGACGCUGCUGUCGCUGGGGAGGACGGCGAGGGGCGGCCCGCUGGAGCAGGCGCCCCCCGGCCCCCGCGACCCCGUCCCCCAAGGGAGCGGCGUCGCCCCCGCGCACUCCCCCGCGGCCCCUCAGCAGCAGCAGGAGCAGCAGCGAGUCAGGAAGAGCCCAGACGCCGACCUGGGGACCAGCGGGUGGUCGGCCAUCGACGUGGGGCCCGAGGGCCACCGGCCCGCCGGCGUGGACGCCUCCAACGAGGCCGACAUCGGCAUCACGGCGCCCGGUGACGCCUCCUUCGAGGACGAGACCAGCGACAUCAUCGUCGGGAGCAGGGGAGCGCACGGCCCCGUGGACCCCGCGCCGUCGGGGUCGGGGAGCGGAUACGUCGUCCACGAACACGGCAUCAACCACGACCACGGUAUCGACCACGACCACGGCAUCGACCACGUCAGCAGCAGCGUGGCGGCCAACGCGGCCGGUGCGUGCAAGUGGGAGAAGAAGUUGGUGUGGAAGACGGAGUGGAAGCAGGAGUGGAAGACGGAGAAGAAGCCGACCCUGCGUACCGAGUGGAAGAAGGUGCAGGUGCCGUUCGAGAAGGAGAUCAAGGUACCCGUGGAGAAGGAGGUGAAGGUGCCGGGGUUCAAGACGGUCAAGAAGCCCGUCGUCACGGAGAUCCAGGUGCCCAUCUGGAAGGACGUCAAGGUGCCGGACGUGAAGACGGUCAAGAAGACGUACUGGACGGACGUGGCGGUGCCGGUGCAGAAGAAGAUCAAGUACCCGGUGUACAAGAAGGUGUCCAUCCCCGUGUGGAAGGUCACCGUGGAGCAAGACUGGACGGGAGACGCGGCCCAGAGCAAGCGCCUGAUCUGGAAGACGUCGUACAAGAAGGUCUGGAAGACCGACACGAAGACCGAGUACAAGACGGAGAAGAAGAAGGAGGUGAAGAGCGAACCCGUCAAGGUCUGGAAGACCGAGAAGACGCAGGUUUGGGUACCAAAGACGGUGGAGGAGUGGAAGGAGGAGAAGUUGCCCGUCUGGGAGACGAAGAAGGAGGUCGUGUGGGAGACGAAGAAGACGAUCGACGUGAAAGAGGAGUGGCAGAUGGUGUCCGUGCCGGCCGUCGAGGAUCAGCAAGUCCCAGAGUGGAAGAUGGUGCGGGUGCCCGUCUGGGAGGACGAGUGCGUCCCAACAGGACACUAGACUUUGACAGAUUUGUUCUCUAGCUCAAUAUACGUACCUAUUUUUUGCUCAUUUGAUUGAUUCAGUCAAAUUUCGUUGUUUUGUUGAUCGAUUUGUUGAUGUGUUAUUAUUGUUUUUGUUAUUAUUUAUAUUGUUAUUGUUGACGUUGACGUACUUGCUCCGCUUGCAGCGGUUGCUGAAAUACUCUCUGUGAUCAAACACAAAACAUUCAGAGUCGCACACCCAGACAUGCUUGAAACAAAGAACUACUGUCCUGAAAAUAUAAAGACAAGGUACCGAAAAUACUGCUAGUAACUUUCCUAACCGUGUGUACAGACUGCGCUCUGGAGAAGAUUGUGUUUUAAAAUGUCAAGUAAAUU